CCCAACGACAAUCAAUCUUUUAGUGAAUUUAAAGUCAUGGAGGAUUCAGUUGGCGGCAAAUGCGAAGUCCUUUACAGUAUUUCGUCAGUGAAGGGAGAUAAUUUGUCAAUAUCUUUGCCACAUCUCCACAAAGAUGCUCAACAAUUUAUUAUUACAAAAACGAAGAAUUAUUCCAGAUGCGAACAGCGAGUAGCUUAUCAUUCUGGUAUCAUUAGUAAAAUGAAUUGGAAACCAGGAUCUAACGAUGGAUUUCUUUCG